ACCUUAGGGUACAUGUUCACCUUUUGAAGGGCCUAGGAUAGAUUUGAUAAUCAGCCUGGGGUACCCUGUUCCUGCUGACACUGCCGUUUUCACUUACCUGCCUUCCCACGCUUCCAAAACCAUUAGCAGGGAGCUCUCGAAGGUUUGGUUUCUUCGAGUCUCUUUUGAGCUAGACGUGAGGUUGACCCCCGGGUUGGAGCAUGGCUGCAUCCCUGGACCCUCAGAUCGACGCUCCCCUCGAGGUUGAGGGAUGCCUAAUAAUGAAGGUGGAAAAGGAGCCCGAGUGGGCAUCGCAGCCCAUUCUGGAAGGAUCGGACAGCUCUGAGUCCGAGACUUUUCGCAAGCGUUUCAGGCAAUUCUGUUAUGAGGAUGUGACCGGACCCCAUGAAGCUUUCAGUAAACUCUGGGAACUUUGCUGCCGGUGGCUGAAGCCAGAAACGCGUUCCAAGGAACAGAUCCUGGAGCUGCUGGUGAUUGAGCAGUUUCUCACCAUUUUACCCGAGAAGAUUCAGGCGUGGGCACAGAAGCAGUGUCCGGAAAGUGGAGAGGAGGCGGUGGCCCUGGUAAUACACUUGGAGAAAGAGACUGGAAGACUAAGACAGCAGGUUAGCAGUCCUGUGUACUCAGAGAAGCAAGCCCCACUUGGAGCAGCAUGGGAGGUGGCAGACUUUCAGCCACAGCAGGUGGAGACCCAACCCAGAGUGAUGUCUCUGGAGGGAGCUGAAAGCCUCCACUCAGGACACCAGGAGCAGCUGAACCAAAAGAGAGAGCUUCAGCCCUUACCCAAGAAUGCUCGGCCUUCUCCCUGGGUUCCUGCUCCUGCUGAUGAAUGGAACACCAUAGAACAGGAAGUAACAGCCACACGACUUCCUGUUGGCUCCCAGGGACCAGUGAAAGAUGUCCACAUGGCAAGAGGUUUUUCCUACAAAAAGAGCGUGCGUCAGAUUCCUGCUCACAGAGACCUCUACCGGGAUAUUAGAAAGGAGAGUGUUGGGAACAUGGUCUCCCUGGGAGACACAGUGUCUACAGCUAACAAGAUGGCACAGUUGGAGCAAAGAAAGGAGCCAUGGACAAUAGGUCUACAAUCCCCCAAUAAGAGGAAUGUCCUACGAAACAACUAUAUCAAGGAAAAGUCAGUUCAUGCUGUUCAGACCCCUGCAAGGAAUGCAGGGAAAACACGGAGAGAGCAGCAGCAGUGGGGUUUGGAAGAUGAAAAAAUAGCAGGCGUGCAUUGGAGUUACGAGGAAACUAAGACUUUUCUUGCAAUUCUCAAAGAGUCUCGCUUUUAUGAAACACUUCAGGCCUGUCCCCGAAACAGCCAAGUAUAUGGUGCUGUAGCUGAAUGGUUGCGAGAAUGCGGCUUCCUCCGAACACCAGAGCAGUGUCGGACCAAGUUCAAAAGUCUGCAGAAGAGUUAUCGAAAAGUGAGAAAUGGCCAUGUUCUAGAACCCUGUGCCUUCUUUGAGGACAUGGAUGUUUUGUUGAACCCUGCAGCUCAUACUUCAUCCACGGAUAAGCCAAAGGAGAUUCUGUCUCUCCCCAGACUAAAGAGAAUUGGUAUCAAUGCUAAAGAACAGAUCAAUUUGGUGGAGGAGGAAGAAGCUGCAGAAGAAUCUGAUGGUGAUGAAGUGGGUGUUGAGUUUAUCCAGAAGUCUGAGCUUCGUGGUGCUCCUGUCUUAUUUCAAAACCUGAGUGGUGUGCACUGGGGCUACGAGGAAACCAAGACUUUCCUUGACAUCCUCCGUGAGACUCGGUUUUAUGAAGCAUUGCAAGCCUGUCAUCGGAAGAGCAAGUUGUAUGGGGCCGUGGCUGAACAGCUGCGAGAGUGUGGCUUCCUCCGGACACCGGAACAGUGCCGGACCAAGUUCAAAAGCCUUCAGAAGAGUUACCGCAAAGUGAAAAAUGGUCACGUGCUAGAGUCCUGUGCAUUCUACAAGGAGAUGGAUGCCUUGAUAAACUCUCGGGCAUCUGCCCCUCCCACUAGCACCCCAGAGGAAGCCCCAUCACCCUCAAUUCAAGAAAGAGAGGACAUUGAGAUUGAACCCCAGGAACCUACGGGCUGGGAACCUGAGGAGGACUCACAGGAGGCAAUAGUUGAAGAUUCCAGCAGUGAAAGACUGAGUGAGGAGGAAAUUGUACAAGAGCCAGAAUUCCAGGGACCUCCAGGUUUACUGCAAAGCCCGAGUGAUUUUGAAAUUGGAAGUAGUAUCAAGGAGGAUGCAACACAGGUAAUAUAUAAGGACAUGGAGCAGCAUAGGGCAUUAAUAGAAAAGUCUAAAAGGGUUGUUUCUCAGAAUGCUGAUCCAGGUAAAUAUUGUAAAAGGGAAUGCAUCUCAGGAAGACAAUGGGAAAACCUUCAAGGAGUCAGACAGGGAAAACUGAUGUCUCAGCCUAGAGAUUUAGGGAAAGCUGUCAUGCAUCAGAGGCCUUUCAUGGGGAAAAGGCCCUACCGACUUCUCAAAUAUGGAGAAAGCUUUGGAAGGAGCGCACGCCUCAUGUGCCGGAUGACCCACCAGAAGGAAAAUCCUUAUAAGUGUAGUGUCUGUGGGAAGUGCUUUGGUAGAAGCAGGAGUCUAAUCAGACACCAAAGAAUCCACACAGGAGAAAAACCUUUUAAAUGUCUUGACUGCGGGAAAAGCUUUAACGACUCCUCAAACUUCGGUGCCCACCAGAGAAUCCACACAGGAGAGAAGCCCUACAGAUGUGGAGAGUGUGGGAAAUGCUUCAGUCAGAGCUCGAGUCUCAUUAUACAUCAGAGAACCCACACUGGAGAGAAGCCCUACCAGUGUGGAGAGUGUGGGAAAAGCUUUACCAACAGUUCUCAUUUCAGUGCCCACAGGAGAGUCCACACUGGUGAGAAUCCCUACAAAUGUGUGGAUUGUGAGAAGAGUUUCAAUAACUGUACGAGAUUUCGAGAACAUCGGCGAGUACACACUGGAGAGAAGCCCUACGGGUGCGUCCAGUGUGGCAAACGUUUCAGUAAGAGUUCUGUUCUCACUAAACAUCGGGAGGUUCACGUGAGAGAAAAGCUUCUGCCAUACCCUCCAGCGCUCUACGCCCCAGAGAACCCACACAAGGGAAAGACUGAUGAAUUCAGGCAAACUGUUUGAUGACGAUCUCUUCUCUUCCUAAAUGUCCCCUUAGCCAUUUUACCCUAAUCUCACUCUUGGAAGCAAUCUUUUCUUAGCUAUAAAGUGUAAUUCCCAAGAUAAGGUUGAGAAUAUAAAUAAAGACUUGGAUCGUGUCCUCACCUCUGCCUCUAACUUGAUCAGUCUGUUCCUCUCCUUCUAUGUGUCUCAACGUUUCCUUUAAUAAAGUGAAGAAGGUACAGCGUCUGAGUGCAGAAUGGGAUUCUCUUCAGAAUGUCGAGGCCACUGCCAUGGGAUCGCUAACCCAGCAGCAUCCAAGACCCUUCAGUGUUUGGGAGAGUUGUUAUCAAGGAGAUCUAAAAUGCUCCAAGUUUUUUUCAUUCUCCACCACAUGCAAUCCCGGAUGCAAUUUGAUCACAGAGUUUCCUGUUUGGGUAGAGAACCACAUCAGAUCCAUCUUGGUUUUGAAGAUAUUCACAAAAGGAGAUUGAAGAUUUUAUAGUUUCCGUCAGAAGUCUGUUGCAGUGUACCUUUUUUGUGUCAAGAAGUUGAUCUAAGUAGCUAAGAUAGAAUCCCUGUAUUGUCACUGAAAUAAUGCCUUGCCCUCCAUAGAGAUGAGAAGCAACUGAUCACCCAUCGUCCUUUGUAGACUAACCUUUUCUGUACCUGAAGACUGAAAGCCUCUUGGCUGCUGUUUCUCCAGCCUAUAAGUAAUCCAGUUCCUGUUACUGUUUCUCCUAAGUCCUACACUUACCUCUUAAUUGUUCUGGGUGCCCUUGUCUGACUCUUCUGAACUACCAUGCCCUCCUCAGAUUGAAUAGCGUGCAUGCUCAUGGUGUGUCUCAUUA